AAACUUUCCCUUAUAUAUGUGUGGGCUUAGGGCCCAAUUCCUCAUUUCCACCAAAACUUGGGCCCGUCAAAGUCUAUUCCACGUGUAAUUAAUUGAUUGGUGAGAGUAACGUGGAAUGACAUUGAGAAUCCUCGCUCAAAAACCAGCAAAAUCGUAUAUUACAUUACUUAUUAUAUAUUUUGUCUUUCUUAAUUUCAUUUCUUCAUCUUCUUCCUCUUCGAUUCGAGCAUAAAUCAAUAUAUAUAUAUACUCUAAUAUAUGUAACAUACGUAUACGAAUUCUGAGUGUGAAUGGUGGAGAAUCGAAUGGAGGCAGUAGCUUGGAGAGGAUUAGCUUACGCAGGGUUCAUACUGCAUUUCGUCUUGGUCUGCCAGCUUCUCCUUCUUCAACCUCUUUCUGCUUUAGGUAGCAAAGCUAGUAAUGCUGCUGAGUUGUUCGAGAAGGUUUCACAGAAUGUGAAGGUGAAGCGUUACAGUGAGGCUCUUGAUGACCUUAAUGCUGCAAUUGAGGCAGACCCAACUCUUUCAGAAGCCUAUUUUCACCGGGCAUCAAUUCUUCGACAGCUAUGCAGAUAUGAGGAAUCAGAGAAAAGUUAUAAAAGUGUUCUGGAGCUAAAACCUCGACAUUCUGCGGCAGAAAAGGAGCUUUCUCAAUUGCACCAGGCUCAGAGUGCACUUGCUACAGCUUUAUCUCUCUUUGAGUCGGGUGAUUUUUCGAAAUCUUUGGAAUAUGUUGACAAAGUUGUACUCGUUUUCUCUCCAGCAUGCUUGAAGGCCAAACUACUCAAGGUGAAAUUGUUGAUAUCAAAUAAAGACUAUUCUAGUGCCAUCUCUGAGAGUGGAUUCAUUCUUAAAGAACAUGAGGAUGAUCUGGAUUCAUUAUUACUCCGCGGUCGUGCCUACUACUAUUUAGCAGACCAUGAUGUUGCUAUAAGGCAUUACCAAAAGGGACUCCGCCUUGAUCCAGAACACAAUGAAUUGAAGAAAGCAUAUUUUGGACUAAAAAAUUUACUCAAGAAGACAAAAGCUGCAGAAGAUAAUGCAAAUAAGGGAAAGUUGAGGGUUGCAGUUGAGGAUUACAAAGCAGCUCUUGCCUUGGACCCUAACCAUCUUGCUCAUAAUGUACAUCUUCAUCUGGGUUUGUGUAAGGUAUUGGUCAAGCUUGGAAGGGGAAAGGAUGCUUUAAGCAGUUGCAACGAAGCUCUUAAUAUUGAUGGGGAACUCCUCGAAGCCUUAGUUCAGAGGGGUGAAGCUAAGCUUCUGACUGAGGAUUGGGAGGGUGCUGUUGAAGAUCUGAAAUCAGCAGCUCAACAAUCAUCUCAGGACAUGAAUAUUCGAGAAGCUUACAUGAGAGCUGAGAAAGCGUUAAAGAUGAGCAAACGCAAAGACUGGUAUAAGAUCUUGGGAGUUUCAAAGACAGCCGCUGUUUCUGAGAUCAAGCGUGCUUACAAGAGGCUUGCUCUGCAAUGGCAUCCAGACAAAAAUGUGGAAAACAGAGAAGAAGCAGAGGCGAAGUUCAGAGAAAUCGCUGCUGCAUAUGAGGUUCUUGGCGAUGAAGAUAAACGAACAAGAUACGAUAGAGGAGAAGACCUUGAAGAUAUGGGCAUGGGCGGGGGAGGAGGUGGUGGCUUUAAUCCAUUUGGUGGUGGAGGACAGCAAUACACAUUUACAUUUGAUGGCGGCUUUCCUGGUGGUGGUGGCGGUGGAUUUGGUGGCGGCGGAGGCGGCUUUGAAUUCCAUUUUUGAUUCCACAAAGAUAGAGAGGGUGCAUUCCUUUAAGGAAUAACCUCCAUACUAAUUGCUGACAGCUUUUGGCGAGUAGAUAUAGAAUCAGUUCAUCUAAAUGUUAAAGAUAUAUUCCAUUUGAGUUUUUUUUGGUAAACUCUCAAUGUAGUCUUCCCCUUAUAAAUAUAUUCUGUUUGUUGGCAUCAUGAGAAUAUGAGAUCAUCUUUGCACAGAGGGAAACUGAAUAUUGUUGAAAUUUUUUUAAUUUUAGCAUAUUGUCGUUAGUUGGAAUCGUGUCGUUUUGUUAGUUCCCUACAAGAGUGAUGCUGUGAGAGAUCCAUUCGCUUUGUAGGAGUUGCCAUUCUGUUUUUCUUAAGUUUGUCGUUUUGAUAAGUUUGUAAUAAGGGGUUAUGGAAUACAAAACUAAUAUAUUUACUCUUCCAAA